CACACCGAAUGUAAACACAAUAAUAAUUUAUUCGCAUGGCUUUUCCUGUCCUCACCCCUCUUCUUGCUUACACUGACCUUAAAAAACGGCCGGUGUCCACCGGAACUCCGAAAUCCGGUCGAUCAUCGUCGCCAAGAAAGAUUCUCGCUAGUUUAUUUGUAUACAUUCUAGUCCUUUCAUCCUUGACUGCCGUAAUUUACAACCAACUGCUAAGACCUCAAGGUCGCCUACAGUUCACUGCCAUCACAAUUUAUUCGGGGCCGAAGCAGUUCGAGAUCAAACCGGCAUCUUCGAUAGGAGUGGAGUCGCCGGAGAAGGUCGUCGGAGAUGAGUUAUAUAGCAUAGGAUGGCAACGAUCUGUUUACCACUUUCAACCCGAUAAGAAUUUCAUCAGUGAUCCUAAUGGUCCGUUAUAUCACAUGGGUUGGUACCAUUUAUUCUAUCAAUACAACCCGCAUUCAGCAAUAUGGGGUAAUAUUACUUGGGGCCAUGCAGUCUCUAAAGAUCUCAUCAACUGGUUCCACCUCCCUCUAGCCAUGGUUCCGGACCACUGGUACGACCUCAAAGGCGUCAUGACCGGCUCCGCCACCGUCCUCCCAGACGGCCGGAUCAUGAUGUAUUACACCGGCAAUGCACAAGAUCUCUCUCAGCUUCAAUGUGUUGCGUACCCCGCUAAUUCGUCCGACCCCCUUCUUGUUGAAUGGGUCAAGUACGAACAUAACCCUAUUCUCGCUCCUCCUCUUGGAGUCGGUCUCAAAGACUUCCGAGACCCGUCAACUCUCUGGAUCGGGCCAGACGGGAAGUAUCGAAUGGUUAUGGGGUCAAAGCAUGACAAUAACAUAGGGUGUGCCCUAAUUUACCACACCACCAAUUUCACUCAUUUUGAGUUAUCCGAUGAAGUGCUCCAUUCAGUUCCGGGAACGGGUAUGUGGGAAUGUGUGGAUCUUUACCCGAUAUCCACGAGAGAUACAUACGGGCUGGAAAUGUCGAGUUAUGAGUCGGAUGCUAAGUAUGUGUUGAAGCAAAGUGGGGAUGACGAUAGGCAUGAUUGGUAUGCAAUCGGGACAUAUGAUCCGGUGAAAGAUAAAUGGUAUCCAGAUGAUCCUGAAAUGGACGUGGGUAUCGGGUUGAGAUACGACUAUGGAAAGUUUUAUGCAUCAAAGACGUUUUACGACCCGAGUAAGAGGAGACGGGUCUUAUGGGGCUAUGUUGGAGAAACAGAUCUUCAACAAAAUGACCUAAAAAAAGGAUGGGCAAAUAUGUUGAAUGUUCCAAGAACCGUGGUGUUGGACCCAAAGACACAAUCUAACUUGUUACAAUGGCCUGUUGAGGAAAUUGAGACUUUGAGAUCUAAAAAGUACCAUGAAUUUAAAGAUGUCGAGUUACGGCCCGGAUCACUUGUUCCACUUGACAUAGGCUCAACCGCAGAGUUGGACAUUAGUGCCUCAUUUGAGGUAGAGGAAGCUUCAAUGAGUGCAACCUUAGAAGCUGAUGAGUUCAACUGCACGACGAGCGAGGGUUCCGCCAUGAGGGGUGUUUUGGGACCGUUUGGAGUUGUGGUUCUAGCCGAUGCAACACUUUCAGAACAAACACCUGUUUAUUUCUACAUUGCAAAGAACAUAGAUGGCACCUCUAGAACUUAUUUCUGUGCUGAUGAAUCAAGGUCAUCAAAGCUUUUAGAUGUGGGUAAAGUUGUAUAUGGAAGCACGGUUCCUAUACUCCAUGGUGAAAACUACAACAUGAGGUUAUUGGUGGACCAUUCAAUCGUAGAAAGCUUUGCACAAGGAGGAAGAACAGUAAUUACAUCAAGAGUGUAUCCUACAAAAGCAAUAUAUGAAGCAGCAAAAGUGUUUUUAUUCAACAAUGGCACUAGCAUCACUGUUAAGGCAUCUCUCAAGAUAUGGAAGAUGGGUGGAGCAAAACUUAACAAAUAUCCCUUUUAAUUUGUUUUGUUCUGAUGGGCAUUUUGGUAAUUUUAUAAGCUUGUUUUAUAUGGGUUAUGCUUAUAGUAAAAGAUUUAAAUACAAAGGGUUGUCAUCGUCCAAAGUGUAAAAAGAAUUUUACAUGUUGCGUAAUUUUGAUUUUUGUUCAUACAUAA